AUGGAUCUAAAUGCUGUCCAAGCCACGGUAGUUAAUGCAUUAAAUAGCUUCAUCGGCGAAACCCUUCCAGCCGUUGAAUUCGGUUCACGAGGUAAAAUUUUGACAAAUUUUGAUAAGCUUCAAACUGCUUUGAAUGAACUUCGUAGUCUCCACACUUUGAUCACCGACCCAAGAAAUUUUGAUGGAGUUCUUAAUCAAGCAGCAACUGAAUCUUUGGAUCGUCAGAGAGUGCGUAUAAAACGACGGAUAGAUCGAUUACGUGCAAGGCUUGCAUCUCUUGAGGACCUUAUCAAGAAUAACCAUCCUUUGGAUAUGGAGAUUCUUGCGCAUCAUCUCGAAAAAAUUAAUAGUGACACAAAUCCGGCUGGUGUUAUUGGGGCUCGUGCUGUUGGGGAUAAUGUUUAA